AUGCGUUCGUCAAUCUUUGCUGGGUUGGUUGGUGUGUCUGCCGUCGGUGCUGUUAAGCCCUUGGUGGAUGUGAGCUACUCGAAAUACCAAGGUGUCUCGCUCGAGAAUGGCAUCACUCAAUGGUUGGGUGUACGAUUUGCUGCUCCUCCUGUUGGUAACUUGAGAUUCGCGGCGCCUCAGGAUCCCGUCAAGAACAAGACUACGAUUGUCGCUAAUACUUUCGGAAAUACUUGUCUGGGAACUGGCUCCGCUGCCAGCAAUACUUCAUCCGAGGAUUGUCUUUUUAUGAACAUCUACGCUCCAUCGAACGCCACAACAGGUCAUCCAUUGCCUGUAUACUUCUUCAUUCAGGGUGGAGGAUUCAACACAAACUCGAACCCCAACUACAACGGUACCGGCUUGAUCGAGGCCAGCAACCACAACAUCGUCGUAGUGAAUUUCAACUACCGUGUCGGCCCUUAUGGUUUCCUUGCCUCGGAGGAGAUCACCAAAGGAGGCAGCACUAACAAUGGUCUCAAGGAUCAGAUCAAGGCUCUUCAAUGGGUGCAAAAGAACAUUCGCAAGUUUGGUGGUGAUCCCGAUCAUGUUGUGCUCGGAGGAGCAUCAGCAGGUGCUGCAUCCAUCACCCUUCUGCUCACUGCACACAACGGCCGCAACGACGGUCUCUUCCACGCCACAGCCGCCGAGUCUCAAUCUUUCGCCGCCGUCCGCAGCAUCAAUGAAUCUCAAUUCAUGUACGACAACCUGGUCAUCCGUACCGGUUGCGUAGACUCCAAGGACACAUUGGCCUGCCUUCGCGGCCUCAACGCAACAUACCUCCAAUCCAAAAACAUCAACACUCCUUUCCCCGGCGCUCAGAACCCUCCCCUCUACAUGUAUGGACCUACCCUCGACAACGACGUCGUAAGCGACCUCACCAUGUCCGCCUACCGCAAAGGCAACUUCAUCAAACUCCCCGCCAUCUACGGCGACGACACAAACGAAGGCACCGUCUUCGUCCCCGCAAACACCAGCAGCAUCGGCGAAAGCAACACUUUCCUCAAAGACCAAUUCCCUCUGCUCACAACUCCUCAACUCAAGCAAAUCAACGCUUUGUAUCCUAACAAUGCAUCCAAUGUAUUCCCUAACUCGGGCGCGUGGUGGAGACAAGCUUCUGAUGCGUAUGGCGAGCUCAGAUACAAUUGCCCUGGCAUCAACGUCUCUGAUAUCUACGCUGCCACCUUUUCCCGCAAGGAUAUUUGGAAUUACCACUGGGAUGUCAUUGAUCCCGUCGCUGCAGCCGCCGGUCGCGGAGUCACCCACACCGUCGAAAUCAACGCCAUCUGGGGUCCUGAAAACACCAGAGGCAAUGCACCUGUUUCUUACUCCACCACGAACGCGGCGAUCGUGCCUGUCACCCAGGCAUAUUGGACUUCGUUUAUCAGAAGUUUCGACCCGAAUACUUAUAGGUUGAAGGGAAGUCCGAUGUGGGAGGCUUGGACGCAGGGGCAGAAGCAAAGAUUGCAUUUCGUCACCAAUGCUACUGCCAUGGAAAAUGUGGAUGCGGGCCAGAAGGCUAGGUGUGAAUACCUCAGCAGUAUUGCUUUGGAUAUCAAGCAGUAGAUUUUUUUUUUCUCGACUUU